GGGCGCGGGGAGGGCGGGGCGGGGAGGCUCCGCCCACCUCCGCCAUGGCUGCCUCGCUGCGCGCGCUCCUCCGUCCCGCCGCCGCCGCGCGCCUCCUCGCGCUCCUCCCGCCGCGCCCCCGCCCCCUCCCCGGGGCGCGGGGCUGCAGUGCCGGGACCCCGUUCCAGUACCUGACAAUGCAGAAGACGGGGAUGCAGCAGAGCGUGGGCCUGAUCCAGCUGAACCGGCCGCAGGCGCUCAAUGCCCUCUGCGAGGGGUUGAUGGAGGAGCUGCGGAGGGCACUGGAGGCCCUGGAGAGUGACCCGCAGGUGGGGGCCAUCGUCAUCACUGGCAGCCAAAAAGCCUUUGCAGCUGGUGCAGACAUCAAGGAGAUGCAGAAUAAAACUUUCCAGGAGUGCUACAGCGGCAGCUUCCUCAGUGGUUGGGACAAGGUCUCCACCAUCCGCAAACCCAUCAUCGCUGCCGUGAACGGCUACGCCCUGGGUGGUGGGUGCGAGCUGGCCAUGAUGUGCGACAUCAUCUACGCUGGGGAGAAGGCGCAGUUCGGGCAACCUGAAAUCCUGCUGGGAACCAUCCCAGGCGCUGGAGGGACACAGAGGUUGACCAGGGCAGUGGGGAAGUCACUGGCGAUGGAGAUGGUCCUCACCGGGGACCGGAUUUCAGCAGCAGAAGCAAAGGAGGCAGGUCUGGUCAGCAAGGUCUUCCCUGUGGAAAAGCUGCUGGACGAGGCCAUUGCCUGCGCUGAGAAGAUCGCCAGCAACUCCAAGCUGGUGGCCGCCAUGGCGAAGGAGUCAGUCAACGCCGCCUUUGAGACGACGCUGGCGGAGGGGAACAGGACGGAGAAGCGGCUUUUUUAUGCCACUUUUGCCACCGGCGACCGCAAGGAGGGGAUGACAGCAUUCGUGGAGAAGCGGAAGGCAGACUUCACUGACAGUUAAGCCCGGGGUGGUGCAGGUCCCCACAGCCACCUGCUCCCCAUCAGUCCCCCGUGUCACCCCGCGGAGGGGGUCCGGGAGCCGGUGGCGAGUGACCCUUGCUUGGGGUGAGACAACCAGUAGCAAGAACCGCCUUUGCCAUCGCUAUUAAAAGGUUUUCCUGGCGCUUCA